GGAACGCUCCGCUAAAGAUGGCGGGUCGCCUCGGUGGACGCGAGGGAAAGGGGAGCUCUGGAGCGCAAGGAAAAGGUGUUUCCGACGUGGAGCUGCUGCUGCACCCCGAGCUGCUUUCCCAGGACUUCGUGGGGCUCGUUUUACAGCAGAAGAAGAUCCGCGCGGGGGACGACGGGGAGGCCGCUCGAGACCACCUCAUGGAGCUGUUCUUUCGGCACGUGACGCCGAAGCCCCAGCGCGAGCUCCCGGACAGCCGCUGGGGAAGGAGGGUGGAGAGAAGCGGCGCGCGACAGACCUCAGCACGCGCCGGCGCACACAGCUCAUCCUCCUCCGGUGAGACCAGUAGGAAGAGGCCGCUGAUCGUGUUUGACGGCACCUCCACCAGCACCGGGACCGUGAAGCUCAAGAAGCCGGAGGGGUUGUCAGGCUCUGGGGCCACGGACCGCCUGAAGCCACCCCCCUCUGGGAACGUGGUCAACACUGUGCGCAAGCUCUCGAGCUCCCCCGUCGACCGCUCUUCCUCCAUUAGCUCCCCCAAGACUCAUGUGAGCUCCCCGGGGGCGACUCCCAAGAGCCCCGCGCCGAUGGAGACGGCAAGGUCGCACGUCUCCUCGACUUCGGGGGGCGCUGCGGGUCCCGGCAUCAAGCUGAAACGCCAGGCAACCAGCGAGGGAGAGUCUGACAGCCCGGGGGAGAUGAAGUCACCGGAGGUCAAGAAGAAGAUCCAGCACAUAACCUGGCCCUGACCUUUGACCUCGAUCCCGGCCCUGACCUUUGAACUUGCCAGGACACUGUGUUCCUGCUGUGGGGGAGACCACUGUUGGGCCCUUACAUUUGUGCGCUGUGUCAGGGCUGUGCGAUGAGCUGUGACUCCUGCGUAUGGCUGGGAACACGAUGACCGCUGGAAACACACCUUGACCUCCCUCUGACCGCCCCCCCGUGGCCCCACCUUCUGGUCCUCAUCACCACCUUGAAGUGCCCUUUGAGUCCUGAUUAGUCUCUUCCAGGAAGUUCCCAGGUUGUGUAUGGGCUACACUAGUACAUGCUGCUCUCUCUCAGUUUAAAGUUUUGUAUUCUUGAGUUUUUUUGUGUGUAACAUUUACUUUCCUAUUGUUCUGCACUGCAUAAGUUAUAUAAUUUUUUGUUUAUUCCAUUUAGUCCAAAAAAGGCUGGAGAAUGUUAACCUGUAAUGUAUAGAAUCCCAGUAGGGGACAGUUUUCUGCACCCAGAAAGUCCAGACAGCAUGUAGGACGUGGGACAUCGGAUGUCCCGUGGCGGGAUCCCGAGGCAGAGAAGCGUGUACGACGUGUGUUCACGUGUAAAGAGACUCAUCAUUCUGUUGUGUAUAACAGAAAAUUGAUAUUAAAGUGAAAAGAAAUUUCCUAAUAAUUUCUUACGGAGUUUAAGAUUAUACAGUAUACUACGUGUUUACUACACAAACGGGAUGUUGUACUACACUGUACUCUCAUUAUGAUUAAUGAAAACCCCAAGGAAGAUUUUACACUUCUCCGUUCCGAAAUAGGCGAGACUGAAGUGCGAAAUCAGUUAUCUUCAUGGAGUCAACAGGGUGAUCGCUCUCAACAUUUGUAAAAACUAGUCCCGUAAGAGUAUUAGUGGGGUGGUUUUUUUUAUUUUUUAUUUUUAAGGCAAUGGUUUUGUGUGGUGGUCAUUUAUCUUUUUUUGUUGGACUGUUAUUGGUGUGAUUGUGGCACUACACUUGUUGCACUUAGAUGUCCGGUGCUGAAAUGACAACGGUUGCCUGGUAUGAGCUGUGAGUAUAUGAGAAAAUAAACCAAAUUUACCGACUGCACUUUCAUCAUAUGUAUUUGAGCAGAAAUGCACUUUGUGGAGUCUAGAGAGG